GUACGUGCGAUACCAGGUGUGCAAACGCGUCACGCGUAUCGUGCAUAGUGCUUGGGAGAUUGCGCUUCGUUAUGAGAUCGCGGCAAAAUUACCCGCGUGUGAAAUGAUACGGAAUCACGGACCAACAUCGCCGAGCCGUGCGGCUUGACGUUUUCAUCUUUGGUCAAAUCAACACGUCAAGUGCACAGACGACGCGUACGACCACUUGGUGUGCGUUGUCGACGCAUCGCGAGUUCCGCGCCAAGAGGCAACAUCGUUCCUUGUUCAUCGCGAUCAUUCGUUCUCGAGAGCGGUGCCAGUCUCGUUGCGCGCCUUGUAUGUGAGGAAAAAGAGAAAGAACCAUCGUCGCCGCUGCCAUCGCCGUUACCAUCGCUGCUGCAGAGUGCAGCCGAAAUGCCGCUGCUACGUAAACAGCCGUUUCAACGGCUUCAUGUUUCCUCCGAUUUUAGAGACGAUGAUGAAGUGUACCAUUGCGAAGUUACCAACGAGAUAUUUAAAGAUUACAAUGAAUUUUGCGAGAGAAUUAUUUUGUGCAACUCGCUCAUAUGGUCAUGUAGUAUAACGGGUAAGACUAAUAUGACAUUUGAGGAAGCUUUACAAUGUGAAGAGAAUGCAAAGAAGAGUUUGAAAGAGUUUCCGAUGGAGUUGCGAAUCCCUAUAUUGUAUCUUGCUAGUAAAACAAACAGGUCCUCGUUUAACGAAAUGAUCGAAGACGUUUAUCAAUUUGCGAGAGAUCGCUAUUUCGUAGGAGAAAUGGUGGAGGCUAGCUUCACGGAAGAUUCCUGGUGUAACUGCCACGUUCUUCAAGUCAUUGUACCUUCCGAGCAACAAGUUAAGGCAUAUAUGAACGAAAAUAGCAACAGUCUACAGGAGCAUUAUUAUCAUCCACCGGCAAAAUUAUUUCGUUACGAGGUAGAACAAUUGGAUUCUGGAGAUUCCGAUGUCAGCGAGAUCAUGAUAGUGGAAGCGUCGCAGGUUAGAAGACGGAAGCAGCAUUAUAGCAGAGAGCGUAACAAGAUAUUUCUUCGUCAACUCUGUGAACAAAAUAGUAACGGUAUAUGGGUCGUAAAGGAAAGCGUAUUGGAAAAGUAUGGAAUUAACAAAGUACGUUUCGAUACGAUAUUUGCUGGGACACUUCCAGAUUUUACAGUGCGCGUGAAGAAAUCUGUCAAGCAUAAACAAGAAUCGAUAGAUAAAUUUCUUACUUCGACCGUGUCGAAGCAGAAAACACUGGAGAAGGUGGAUCCUUUGAAGAAAGUUAGCGACAGUGGAAAAGUGAACGAUACCGGUGCGAUAAAGAAAUUUCGUAAACCAAGAAUGAAUGGCAAGUUUAAAGAAGAACUUAAAGCGAAAGCUCUGGAGGAGAAAGCAAAGCGUAAGGAGGAAAGAGCACUGAAAAGCGAACGGAAAAAGGAGAAAAAGCAAAAGUCGGCAGCUUUGGCCGCGUACAUGAAACUGUGGAACAAGCCGAGGGAAGAUCUCGAGUGCGAGGAUCUUUGUCCUAUUCCUGAACCUACUGCCAUCAAAUGCAACAUACCAAACGAGAAAUUCGGAGACUUUGCCAUGAUAUUAGAAUUCCUUGCAUUUUUUAACGAGGAGUUGGAGGUAUCUGUAUAUUUCUCAGGAGGAUUCAAUUUGGAACUAUUGGAAAGGGCAUUGUUGACUGAAGAAGCAUCCGGUCCUUGGAGUGAUCUCUUGCAACUGUUGUUAUUAAACAUAUUGAAAUAUCAAGCGGAGGAAGACAAUGAAGUCGACGCGCAAGCGUCUACUUUGCUAGACAAUAUUAGUCCUUACGAAGGAGCGUCGUCGAUGGCGAAGGCCAUAAAACUUGCCACGAUGGCUUCUACAUGGUGCUCGACUUAUCAAGGCUGCAAAUUGUUGGAACUUACGCUGGACCACGUAACUUUAAGCGAAAUUCUCAGGCAACAUCUAUUAAGCUCCGGAGGACGUAUAAGCGAAGCCGCUUCCAAAUGGCGUUAUUCGCAAAAGGGUGGUUAUACAAAUUUCGACGAUCCUGCGCUCCUUCUGAGGAUUAACGACGCUUACCUCUUGCGAUUGUUGGGCCACCGAAAUGUCAGCGAGCUUAACUUGGAUGAUAAAAUCAAAAUCGUGAUGUGUUUGAUCAAUCAGCUGUUUACGUUUGCAUCGAUCCGCGAUGCGAUCGAGGAACGACACGAUAAGCUGCACCAAGCUAAGAAAGAAUUAAAGCUGUUCUUACUCGCCGAGCAGAAGAAGGAGAAGGAGGAGAAAGAGAAGAUGAGGGAACGCGAGAAGGAAGGAAAACUCGAGGAGGAAGAUGCAAAGCCGAAGAAAAUUACACGCGGCAAUUACGACGAAGAAAGGAAAAAAGAAGAAUAUGAGAACAAGCUGAGAGAAUUACAACAAGCGUCGAGGAACGACAAAAUGAUGCUUUACUUGGGCGCGGAUAGAGCCCAUCGAAGAUAUUGGAGACUUCUGUCUAUUCCAGGAUUGUUCGUAGAAAAUGACGAACGGUGGCCUGGAAGCUGUCUUGCCGAAGGCACUCCGCACCAUCCAGAGUUGCAAGAUAAGGAGGCAACAUACGCGUAUCUAAAAACGAAAUUUGAGGAUGAGUUUAGCGACAAAGAGAACAGCUUUAAGAAAUCGAAAAAGUCACCGAAGAAGCUUCUCUCCUCUGACAAGAGCAGCGUUAAAUCGUCUCGAAAGGAGUUCAAGCAAGAUCUUACCAAUAUUAAAAAGGGCUUGGUAUUGUGCACGGGAGAUAAAGACUGUCCGGUUCAUUGUAAGAGAUCGCCGAUCAAGUGGAGCUUUUACGGGAAGCAAGAAGACGUUCAAGCAUUGAUAGACAGCUUAAGCACAAGGGGCGUCAGGGAGAGCGAGCUUAGAAAUAACCUUUUACAAGAGAUGGACAGUUUGCUUCUGGUUAUCGACGAGUGUCCUAAGCACAGAUUAAAUCCGGACGUAUUUUCAGAUCUCAAGGGACAAAUUAGUAAGUCGAUUACGAGGAAAAACAAGUACGAGAACGCAAACUUAACUUUCCCUCCCGAAACGACGAUCGAGGAAGCGAUGGAAUUGACGUUGAGAGAUCACAUUUUGGACUUUGAAGACAAGAUCAAUGCAGGUUGUUUGGGAUGUCUGAAGAUAAUCGAUCGCACCGUCUGGAGGAACGCGAUCGUUCAGAGAGGUUACGACAAACAAUGUGACAAAUUGAUGUGCGCCGGCAAUGAGAUCGAUCUAGACACACCGGCAAAUACUUUAGUAGACAAGAUAAAGAACGAGUUUAAGCACAGUAGACCCGGUACUCCCGACUCCGAGGUUGGAAGUAUCAACAUAAAGACUUACAGAGAUCCAGGAAUGUACUUAGGUUUACCCGAUGAAACCGAAAUGACGCUCGACCAAAAGCAGCAGACGAUCAUCAAGCAGUUGGCGUGCGCUAUUUUGCAGCUGUCCCACGCUAUAGAGCAGAGGUACUUACAGAGACCGUUAGGACCCGACCAAAAGGAUAAAAAGUGGUCGGGCGAAGAAGCGCGAGAGAGAUGGGAACAAUCACUCGUAGCGUCGACCAACUGGUCUCAAUUGUUCGUUCACUUGAGCACGCUGCACAACAGUGUCGCAUGGGACAGGAGCGCGUUAAACGCUCAGUGUCGCAUAUGUCGGAGGCGUAGAGACGCGGAGAACAUGUUACUCUGCGAUGGAUGCAACCGCGGACAUCACCUCUAUUGUCUCAAGCCAAAACUUAAUGCCGUACCGUCUGGAGACUGGUUUUGUACCGCGUGUAAACCGCCGGAGAUCAAGCCCAAGGGGAAAACUCAAAAGCGAAAGAGGUUCGAAGAGGAGAUUGACGAUGAACCGAUAUUGACCAAAGAGACACGGCACAAUCGCGCGAAGCGCGUGCCUCACAGCGACGAUGAGGGCGAUCAGGUGGAUGAAGAGGACGAUGAGGAGAGUGAGGAGGAUAUAAAUAUACGAUUGGAAAAUCUAUGUGCAUCGUGUAAGACUGGUGGCAGGCUGAUCGCUUGUGAUACGUGUCCAAAUCGUUAUCACCUGGAAUGCGUAGAACCGCCAUUGUCGAGGGCUCCCAGAGGAAGAUGGUCUUGCUUCAAGUGCAAGAAUAAAAGAAGAAAUGCGACAAAAGUGAGGGGGCGCGAAAGGGACAAGGAGAGGCUGUGCGCAGCAGCAGCACGCUCUCGCAUCCAUGGCUUUGCCAAGAGCCUCCUCACUACAGAAUCUACAGACUGGGACGAUAGUAGCGCAUCGGAUGACACCGAACCAAGGCAGACGCGACGCGCAACGAAACGAGCAGCGGAGAUUGAGCAUGAAGGGGACAAGAAUUCAAUUAAGGGAUCAAUGGCAAAGUUGCAAGAAUUAUUAACCGACGUUAGGCACCACAGGGAUUCAUGGCCGUUUUUGUCACCCGUUACAAAAAACGAAGUUCCAGAUUAUCAUGAUAUCAUUUCUAAUCCGAUGGACUUUGGAACGAUAAAAUACAAACUUGGUAAUGGUGACUACGAAGCGUUAGAUCAAUUUUUUUCCGAUUGCCAGUUGGUCUUCGAAAACUGUAGAUUGUACAACAAGGAACACAGUUCCGUAUACAAUUACGUGUACAGGGCGGGCACGCGGCUGUUCAAAUACGUUGAGAAACGUUGCAAGGAAUUGAGCUUGAAUUUCAACCAAGUACAAAUAUUCGAAGAAGAAGAACCGAAGGUGAAGAGGGCAAGAUUGGACGAGGACCAUGUGGAACGAAACGGGGCAAUCGACAGCGGCGAGGACGAUGAUGAAACGGAGACACGGAAGAAGAGAUAGAAGCGGGAUACGCAUAUUUCAGUGUAUACUUGUGAGAUUUUAAUCUGCGCCGCUCAUAAAUCUUAUAUUUUCAUUCGACAAGUGGAUGUGUGUAUCAAUACCGAGCGGUAACCAGAUUCCAAAAGAAGUAGUCAAAACAUUUUCUAAAUACACAUAUAUAUAUAUAUAUAUAUAUAUAUAUAUAUAUAUAUAUCGAUUCCAUUGCAAAGAGUAAUAAGAAGUUGUGUCGACACUAUUUAUGGAGGCAAUAGUACAAUUUUGAAAAUUAUUUUGUCGAAUCAACCGGCGCGUAUACGAAGAAAGAUUGUCUCUUUUUUUUUCUUUGUCAAAGAUUGAUUUCUUCGAGGCUUGUAAUAAAGAUGUAUGCAGUAUUAUUUGCAAAAAUGCAUAUACAUAGCUACACUA